AUGGAGGUGGAGGCGGCCAAGUGCGAGUGCUGCGGGUUCACGGAGGAGUGCACGCCGGAGUACAUCGCGGCGGUGCGUGCCGAGUACCUGGGCCGCUGGGUCUGCGGGCUCUGCGCCGAGGCGGUGGGCGACGAGAUCCGGCGCGAGGGCAGCACCAUCACCACGGCCGAGGCGCUCGACCGCCACGUCGCGUUCGCGCGCGCGCCGCGCGCCGCGCCGUCGUCCCGGAGGGCGCCCGCGGAGGACGACCUCGUGGCGGCCGUGGCGCGGCUGCUCCGGCGCUGCCUCGUCGACUCGCCGCCCGCGUCUCCCGCCGCGUCGCCUGCGCCACCACCACAGAGCCGGAAGGUGGCCGCGGGGCCCGGGUGCCCUGACGGAGCCGACGCAUGA